AUGGCGGUUGCCAAAAAAACCCGCGGAAGGAUUUGGGAAAACCAGGAAACGUUAUUGUUACUACAGAAGUGGGGGGACGAAAAUAUACAAAUGAAGUUAAUAUCUUGUACCAGAAAGAGGCCUAUAUGGCAAGAAAUAAGUGAUUUUAUUCGAGCGGCAGGCUACGAAGACCGUGAUGAAGAUGCCUGCAAAACAAGAGUACACACAUUAGUAAGUGCGUAUCGCUCCUACAAAGACGAAUGUGAGAAGACCGGAAACGGGACUCCAAAGAGGAAGCCGGCGUUUUUCGACGAAGUCGAUGAAUUUCUCUCAAAAAACCAUGUACCAAACCGAAGGUUGUGGUAA